AUGAAAAAGACCCUUCUGGCCUUCGUGGCCGCCCUGCUGCUGGCCGCACCGCUGUCGGCCGGGCAGCUCCAGGCGGCGGAGCGCUUCAUCACCGUCGCCUCGACCACCUCGACCAAGAACUCCGGCCUGCUCGACUUCCUGCUGCCGAAGUUCCAGGCGGAGAGCGGCAUCGAGGUGCGCGUGGUCGCCGUCGGCACCGGCAAGGCCCUGCAGCAGGCGCGCGACGGUGACGCCGACGUGCUGCUGGUGCACGCCAAGGGCCGCGAGGAGCAGUUCGUGGCCGAGGGCUACGGCGUCGAGCGCUUCGACGUGAUGUACAACGACUUCGUGAUCGUCGGGCCGCAAAGCGACCCCGCCGGCGUCGCCGGCCUGUCGGAUGCCCAGGCGGCGCUGACCAGGAUCGCCGAGGCCGAGGCGACCUUCGCCAGCCGCGGCGACGACAGCGGCACCCACACCAAGGAGCGCAACCUCUGGAAAGCGGCCGGCGUCGACAUCCAGUCGGCCAGCGGCGGCUGGUACCGCGAGACCGGCUCCGGCAUGGGCGCCACGCUCAACACCGGCAUCGGCAUGGACGCCUACGUGCUGACCGACCGGGCCACCUGGAUCGCCUUCGAGAACAAGGGCGGCCACGAGGUCCUCGUCGAGGGCGACCCGCAGCUCUUCAACCAGUACGGCGUGAUCCUGGUGAACCCGGACAAGCACCCGCACGUCAAGACCGAGCUGGGCCAGAGCUUCAUCGACUGGCUGACCGGCGAAACGGGCCAGGCGCUGAUCGCCGAGUACCGCCUGAACGGCCAGCAGCUCUUCUUCCCCAACGCCAGGAAGGGCCAGUCCUGA